AACCUCCACCGCGCGAAACGUUAACCUCCAAACACUGUGUCUUUUUCGCAUCCGCCCAUUGCGCCGCCCAUCGCACUCCAUCGCCUUCGCGAACGUUAAUCAAACUGCGGUUCCCACAUCUCUCCGACCAGCCGACCGGCAUGGACUUCUCCGACAUCUUUCGCAUGGUGAACUUCGCCACUGCGGUUUUCAUGGUCCUCGGCGGCGUAACAAAGUUCAUCCACCCAGGCGGCUUCGCGAACAUCAUUCUUGGUGUAUACUUGGUCAUCUUUGGUGCUGCCACCGGACUCCUUGAGGUCCAGAUCCCCCCACAAGUCACCCGCUAUGCUUCGUUCAUGUUCUCGUUCAUCGGCCGUGGAGUUUUCUAUGUCUUCGUCGGUUCCGUAGCCGUUGGUGACGGUUGGUGGCGCAUCAUCCCCGGCACCAUUGUCGGUGUUGUUGGCCUCGCGUACAUCGUCCUUGAGUUUAUCCCGUCCAUUGAGCCGCCUGCAAACAUGCGCGAUGCCGAUGCUGGCUGGGGCGCAGAACAGGUCUAAAACGUCCAAGCGGCUAUGCAAUUCGAGGAUGGCGAUCGAUCAUUCCUCAAAACCUAGACGAUUGUAGAAAGAGGGACGGGGUUGGCUCGUACAUGAUCGCAUACUGUGUGAUGAGUGGAAAACAUUUGGAUGUGGGUGGACUGCGGAAUUGGCGCACAGUGGUGACGACCCAUAUGUUGUUUUGAGUUCGUUGGGGUUCAGGAAAGGAACUGGAUACGUGUGCACGCCUCACGACAUGGCGUGCCACGGGCUGUUGUAUGCUAUCAGUAGACGGUAGGCAAUUUGACGACUUGGUCAAUGGUUCCAACAAGCGA